CCCGGGUGUGCGAUUUCAGGGAGCGCCUCAGCGCCUCCCCAGUGUGGCCUGAGCUCGCCUCGCGCACCCACCCCUGCCGAGCAGCCUACUUGCUGCAGCCCAAUGCAUUGUGUAAGACGCGACCUGUUAUGGCCACCACUACUUCCGGGUUCUAGCAUUCUGGUCGGAAUCCACCUCUCCGCCUGUGCAACACACACUUUACACACGCACGGGGACUGCAAGCGGGCAGCGUCGACCGUGGCUCCUUUAAGACAAACUCAGACAGACAUUUUUUUUUUUAACCCUCCUUCUCUAAUCUCCCUCCAGUGCAGCAGUUGCAAAGGGGGAGAGAGAGGGAGAGAGAGAGAGGAGAGGGGAGAGAGAGAGAGGAGAGAGAGAAGAGAGAGCGGAGAGGGAGAGAGAAAGAGAAAGAACGAGCGAGCGAGAGAAGAGAGAAACUGAUUAGGAAUUAGGACUGAUUCAAGGGAAGCGAGCGCUAGGGCUUUGUGCAUUUGAAUAUUAACAUUUGAGGUGUUCUGACCAGAAGACAGAGCGGAUGAUCAUUCAUUCACCACGUUGACAACCUCGCCUGUGAUUGACAGCUGGAGUGGCAGAAAGCCAUGAGAUUUGGUAGUUGGGUCUGAGGGGCGCUCUUUUUUUUUUUCUUUUAAACUGAUUUUUGGGGGAGAGAAGAUCUGCGCUUUUUUUCUUUUUCUUUUUUUUUUUCCUUCUUUUUUCGCCCCCCCCCCCCCUUGCUGUCUUGGAAACGGAGCGCUUUUAUGCUCAGUGACUCGGGCGGUUUGCUUCAGGUCCCGUAGACCGAAGAUCUGGGACCAGGAGCUCACGUUGCUGGAGACGUUCAGGGAUUUUUCGACGUGCUUUUUUUUUUUUCCGGGGGAGUUUGCAUAUUUUUUUCUUUUCACACUGGCCUUAAAGAGGAUAUAUUAGAAGUUCAAGUAGGAAGGGAGCCAGAGAGGCCGAUGGCGCAAAGGUACGACGAUCUACCCCAUUACGGGGGCAUGGAUGGAGUAGGUAUCCCCUCCACGAUGUACGGGGACCCGCACGCGGCCAGGUCCAUGCAGCCAGUACACCACCUGAACCACGGGCCUCCUCUGCAUUCACAUCAGUACCCGCACACAGCUCACACCAACGCCAUGGCCCCCAGCAUGGGCUCCUCGGUCAACGACGCUUUAAAGAGAGAUAAAGAUGCCAUUUAUGGACACCCCCUCUUCCCUCUCUUAGCACUGAUUUUUGAGAAAUGUGAAUUAGCUACUUGUACCCCCCGCGAGCCGGGGGUGGCGGGUGGCGACGUCUGCUCGUCAGAGUCAUUCAAUGAAGAUAUAGCCGUGUUCGCCAAACAGAUUCGCGCAGAAAAACCUCUAUUUUCUUCUAAUCCAGAACUGGAUAACUUGAUGAUUCAAGCCAUACAAGUAUUAAGGUUUCAUCUGUUGGAAUUAGAGAAGGUACACGAAUUAUGUGACAAUUUCUGCCACCGGUAUAUUAGCUGUUUGAAAGGGAAAAUGCCUAUCGAUUUGGUAAUAGAUGACAGAGAAGGAGGCUCCAAAUCAGACAGUGAAGAUAUAACAAGAUCAGCAAAUCUAACUGAUCAGCCCUCUUGGAACAGAGAUCAUGACGACACGGCAUCCACUCGCUCGGGUGGAACCCCAGGCCCUUCCAGCGGUGGCCAUACGUCACACAGUGGGGAUAACAGCAGUGAGCAAGGUGAUGGCUUGGACAACAGUGUAGCUUCCCCCAGCACAGGUGACGAUGAUGACCCUGAUAAGGACAAAAAGCGUCACAAAAAGCGUGGCAUCUUUCCCAAAGUAGCCACAAAUAUCAUGAGGGCGUGGCUGUUCCAGCAUCUAACACACCCCUACCCCUCUGAAGAACAGAAAAAGCAGUUGGCACAAGACACGGGACUCACCAUCCUCCAAGUGAACAAUUGGUUUAUUAAUGCCCGGAGAAGAAUAGUGCAGCCCAUGAUAGACCAGUCCAACCGAGCAGGCAAGUCCCCCAUAGUGACUGUAUUCAAGUCACGCAAGCGAAAACCAUCCUCAAGCCAUUCACCGGGAGGUCUGCUACCUGUAAGUCAAGGAACACCUUAUAACCCCGAUGGACAGCCAAUGGGAGGCUUCGUAAUGGAUGGUCAGCAGCACAUGGGAAUUCGAGCACCAGGGCUGCAAAGUAUGCCAGGGGAGUAUGUAGCCCGGGGGGGUCCAAUGGGUGUGAGUAUGGGACAGCCAAGUUAUACCCAACCCCAGAUGCCCCCCCAUCCUGCUCAGCUGCGUCAUGGGCCCCCCAUGCAUACGUACAUUCCUGGACACCCUCACCACCCAACAGUGAUGAUGCAUGGAGGACCGUCCCACCCUGGAAUGCCAAUGUCAGCAACAAGCCCCACGGUUCUUAAUACAGGAGACCCAACAAUGAGUGGACAAGUCAUGGACAUUCAUGCUCAGUAGCUUAAGGGAAUAUGCAUUGUCUGCAAUGGUGACUGAUUGCAAAUCAUGCUUUUUUCUGCAAUGACUGUGGAGUUCCAUUCUUGGCAUCUUCUUUGGACCAAGGAGCAUCCCUAAUUCUUCAUAGGGACUCUUAAAAAGCAGGAAAUACCAACCGAAGUCAAUCUGGGGACAUGCUGAAUUACUAUAUAAGACAUUAAGAGAACAAAGAGUGAAAUAUUGUAAAUGCUAUUAUACUGUUAUCCAUAUUACGUUGUUUCUUAUAGAUUUUUUAAAAAAAAUGUGAAAUUUUUCCACACUAUGUGUGUUGUUUCCAUAGCUCUUCACUUCCUCCAGAAGCCUCCUUACAUUAAAAAGCCUUACAGUCAUCCUGCAAGGGACAGGAACGGUCUGAUGUGCAGGAUUUUUAGAGCAUUAAAAUAACUAUCAGGCAGAAGAUCUUUCUUCUCGCCAAGGAUUUCAGCCAUGCGCUCUCUCUCUUUCUUUCUCUCUCUAUCUCUCUCUCUGUUUUCUUCUCUCUCCCUCUCGCUAGCCUGGGGCUUGAAUUUGCAUGUCUAAUUCAUUUACUCACCAUAUUUGAAUUGGCCUGAACAGAUGUAAAUCGGGAAGGAUGGGAAAACCUGCAGUCAUCAACAAUGAUUAAUCAGCUGUCGCAGGCAGUGUCUUAAGGAGACUGGUAGGAGGAGGCAUGGAAACCAAAAGGCCGUGUGUUUAGAAGCCUAAUUGUCACAUCAAGCAUCAUUGUCCCCAUGCAACGGCAACCACCACCUUAUACAUCACUUCCUGUUUUAUGCAGCUCAAAAUCAUAGACUGAAGAUUUAUUUUUAAUAUGUUGACUUUAUUUCUGAGCAAAGCAUCGGUCAUGUGUGUAUUUUUCCAUAGUCCCACCUUGGAGCAUUUAUGUAGACAUUGUAAAUAAAUUUUGUGCAAAAAGGACUGGAAAAAUGAACUGUAUUAUUGCAAUUUUUUUUUUGUAAAAGUAGCAGUUUGGUAUGAGUUGGCAUGCAUACAAGAUUUACUAAGUGGGAUAAGCUAAUUAUACUUUUUUGUUGUGGAUAAAAAAAAUGCUUGUUGAUAGCCUUUUUCUAUUGAGAAACCAAGGAGCUAAUUAUGAAUAACAAUCCUCGCACACUCUCAGCGUUUCUGAUGGAAACAGUUUGGAUUGUAUAAUAACGCCAAGCCCAGUUGUAGUCUUUGAGUGCAGUAAUGAAAUCUGAAUCUAAAAUAAAAACAAGAUUAUUUUUGUCA